CCACUUCCACACAGAAAACGAGACGAAAAUCCCCUCCUAAUAAUCUCUCAAUUAGUUGUAGCAAAGAUGUCGCCGACGGAAUCAUCACGGGAGGAAAAUGUGUACAUGGCGAAGUUGGCAGAGCAGGCUGAACGCUAUGAAGAGAUGGUAGAGUUCAUGGAGAAGGUGGCCAAGACGGUGGAUGUUGAGGAGCUUACUGUUGAGGAACGGAACCUGCUGUCUGUGGCAUAUAAGAAUGUGAUUGGGGCUAGAAGGGCUUCAUGGAGGAUCAUUUCUUCCAUUGAGCAGAAGGAAGAGAGCAGGGGAAAUGAAGAUCAUGUCGUAACCAUCAAGGAGUAUAGAGGCAAGAUCGAAGCUGAGCUGUGCAAGAUCUGUGAUGGGAUCUUGAACCUUCUUGAGUCUCACCUCAUUCCUUCAGCCUCAUCUGCUGAGUCCAAGGUGUUUUACCUUAAGAUGAAGGGUGAUUAUCACAGGUAUCUUGCUGAGUUUAAGACUGCAGCAGAGAGGAAGGAGGCUGCUGAGAGCACCUUGUUGGCUUACAAGUCUGCUCAGGAUAUUGCUGUAGCUGAACUUGCUCCUACUCACCCAAUAAGGCUGGGUCUUGCACUUAACUUCUCUGUCUUCUACUAUGAAAUCCUUAAUUCACCCGAUCGGGCUUGCAAUCUUGCAAAACAGGCCUUUGAUGAGGCUAUCUCUGAGCUUGACACACUGGGUGAAGAAUCUUACAAGGAUAGUACAUUGAUCAUGCAACUUCUCCGGGACAAUUUGACCCUUUGGACUUCUGAUAUCACGGAUGAAGCUGGAGAUGAGAUCAAGGAAGCGUCAAAGCGUGAAUCUGAAGAAGGGAAGCAGCAGGAAUAAGUUGGAUUCAUAGGAUAUGUACUCUGUAUUUCUAUCUCGUGGUUUUACAUAAUUCUGGCUUGUUGUAGAGGACUUAUAAUGAAUUGAUCUUCAGUAUGGAGAGCACUCGAAACUUGAAUUGUUCCAUACGUGAUAGAUGUGCUUUACUAUUCAUGAGAAGAAUGCUUGGUUCGUUUUUAUGUGCUAGUAUUAAGUGGUGUCUUUUUAUUUCUUGCUGCUGAUUUUAUCACGCUUUUAUUUGAGCUAUUGAUCAAAUAACUUUAUUUGCAAACCCAGUGAUGUGUUUGCUCUGGUUCAGGAUGGUAUAACAGUCCUUUUGUUUUCUAUUU